UCGCCAACUAGUCUCCACGCCGGUAAAAUAGGAGUUAACAAGAUAUUUAAAAAAAAAAAUGUUUAUCAACAUUUUUUGGGCUCCACAUCACCCAAACAUGGUUGCCCUCAAACCUGGUCAGUUAGGCACCGACGACAGUGAAUAUUUCUAUUUUUAGUCAGUGCAAAUGCUGCAUAAGUCUAAUCAACUAUAAAUGCUGGUUUAAACGGAAAGGAAGGUUAAUCCAUCCGUACUGUAUCCUUAUGGAAAUGAAACACAACAUAUCCAUAUACAUUACAGCGGCAAUACGAGGUUUACAUUGGCUUAUAUAUGAAUUGAUGUACCUCGUGGAAUGGAAACGAGAGGACAUCCGUGGGUUCGUCUUUCUUCCUGUAUAUGUUGUUAAUGUGCUGAAUCCUGCGGUUGUCCACGCAAACGACGCCCAAGUCGAACUUCUGGAUGCCCAGGAUGUGCCUGAGCGUGUUCACGUCCUUGCGGAGCCGGGCGCGGCGAAGAGGCACCACCUUUUGGAGAUUCCUUACCACUACACCCAUUUCAAAAAUAGCUAAUGUUAUAUAUUUACUAUGGCUUUCUAACACAUUGGGGGGGAUACUGAUUGCCAGUCACACGACAGCUGCCAUGUCUGAAAUCAAGCACUACAUCUCCCAUGGGUAACAUAUAAGAGGUGAAAACCUUCGGCGGUACCCGAAGCCGUUCAUCCAUACAGUGCAGAGCUGCUGUUUGCUGGGCAUGACUGAGACAAUGCACUUGCGGAGGCGAGGGGGACCAUACAAGACUGAGCCAGCUACAGACCUGAGGCGCUGGAGGCUUUCUAAUGCUGAGGGCAGGCAGACCUGGUCUUAUGUGAAGGAUGUGGAUGCCCCAAAAAGGGAGCAGACCAUGCUAGAGGCCCAUUCUUUAGGCUUGGACACGACCAAGUUUGUACGCGACUCCUCGGCCGCCCGCACAGCAGUAGAUGCAGCCCUGAAAGGUAUGAACUUCUACAGUCACCUUCAGGCCGAGGACGGCCACUGGGCAGGAGACUACGGAGGACCUCUUUUCCUUCUACCAGGUCUAUUGAUUACUUGCCAUACCGCUAAGAUCCCUCUGGACCAGGCCUGGAAGAAAGAGAUGGUUCGAUACCUACGCUCUGUUCAGCUGCCGGAUGGAGGCUGGGGCCUACAUAUUGAAGACAAGGCGACCGUGUUUGGCACGGCUUUGAGUUACACCUCGCUAAGGAUUCUAGGUGUCGAUCCGGAUGAUCCCGACUUGGUUCGAGCAAGGAGCAACCUGCACAGCAAAGGCGGUGCGGUGGGCAUCCCGUCCUGGGGUAAAUUCUGGUUGGCUAUUUUAAAUGUCUACAGCUGGGAAGGAAUGAACACGCUUUUACCAGAGAUGUGGUUGUUCCCCACCUGGCUGCCAGCCCACCCGUCUACACUGUGGUGUCACUGUCGCCAGGUGUACCUCCCCAUGAGCUUCUGCUACGCCGUCCGACUUGUCGCUGAGGAGGACACCCUGGUCCUCAGCCUCAGACAGGAGCUUUAUGUCCAAGACUAUGCCAGCAUUGACUGGGCAGCUCAGAGGAACAAUGUGGCAGCUUGUGACAUGUACACUCCUCACAGCACACUGCUGACUGUGGCCUACACUGUGCUCAACGUGUACGAGGCCCACCACAGUGCCACACUGAGAGGAAUGGCUGUCAAAGAACUGUACGAGCACAUCGAGGCUGACGACCGCUUCACCAAAUGCAUAAGCAUUGGACCGAUCUCGAAGACGAUCAACAUGCUGGUCCGCUGGCAUGUGGAUGGUCCAUCGUCUUCAGCCUUCCAGGAGCAUGUUUCCAGGAUCCCUGACUACCUCUGGUUGGGACUCGAUGGUAUGAAAAUGCAGGGCACCAAUGGGUCUCAGCUCUGGGAUACCUGCUUUGCUGUACAGGCUUUUCUCGAGGCAGGAGCACAGGACAACCCCGAAUUAGCUGAGUGUCUCCAAAGUGCCCAACAGUUUCUCAAAGUCACACAGAUCCCGGAUAAUCCACCUGAUUACCAAAAGUACUACCGGCAAAUGAACAAGGGAGGCUUCCCCUUCAGCACCCGCGACUGCGGCUGGAUAGUGGCUGACUGUACGGCCGAGGGCCUGAAGUCCAUGAUGCUGCUGCAGGAGCUGUGCCCGUCUGUCGGAGAACCUGUCACGCCGGCGCGCCUGUAUGACGCUGUCAAUGUGCUGCUCAGCAUGAGAAACUCAGAUGGUGGGUUUGCCACAUAUGAAACGAAGCGAGGGGGGAGGCUCCUUGAGCUACUCAACCCGUCGGAGGUGUUUGGUGACAUCAUGAUAGAUUACACCUACGUGGAGUGUACGUCAGCAGUGAUGCAAGCUCUGAGGCAUUUCCAUAUGGUUCAUCCGGAACACCGGACAGAGGAAAUUAGGAACACUCUGGGAGACGGGCUCGAUUACUGUCGAAGGGUGCAGAGGCCUGACGGAUCCUGGGAAGGGUCCUGGGGAGUGUGUUUCACCUAUGGGACAUGGUUUGGCCUGGAAGCCUUCGCUUGUAUGGGGCACAGCUAUCAGAGGAAUGGAUGUGCGGAAGUGCGGAGAGCCUGCCAGUUUCUCUUAAAUCACCAGAUGCCGGGCGGUGGCUGGGGGGAGGACUUUGAGUCUUGCGAGCAACGACGCUACGUUCAGAGCAGCUCAGCGCAGAUCCACAACACCUGUUGGGCUCUGUUAGGGCUCAUGGCAGUCAGGCACCCGGACCAGCAGGCAAUCGAGAGAGGGAUCAAGCUUUUGAUUGACAAGCAGCUGCCCAAUGGAGACUGGCCUCAGGAGAAUAUUUCAGGCGUGUUCAACAAGAGCUGCGCUAUCAGCUACACGUCAUACAGGAACGUCUUCCCCAUUUGGACACUGGGCCGCUUCGCAGCACUGAACCCCCACAGUUCUCUGACUGGAAAGCUCAAGCUGUGAACAUCUGGAGCAUCAGACUGUGUCGUCAAAACAAUAAAUGUUACCUGGUUACAUUUCAACUAUGAAUUCCGAGUUAUCCAAUGAGUGUGAAAGUAUCCCGACACGAUACUCCACAUUGCCAUAAACAUUCAUUUGUGCCUUUUAAAGGGGACCAGGCAUGGACAAUUUACGUUUUAAUUGCUUGUUUACAACUAGAUAAGUGUGAAAUUAGACAACAAAGUCAAUCUUGUGCGAGCUGGCCCGUUUCCCAAAAUGCUUCUGUGACCGAGCCGUUCUGAAUUUCACCGCAGCAUGCAUGCUUGCACUCCACCAGCGGUUCUCAAACCUUUAACAUCAAGUACCAACUUAAAAAAUACUUAGCUCUCCAAGUACCAACAUAAGGGUCAACAUUAAAAUACAGUCAAAAAAAAUAUGAAGGCAGAGGUUUUAGUCCUAAAAAGUAUAUUUGUUUUUGUAAGGAACUGCAACAUUAUACAGUUUGAACGUUAGCACUGUGCUUAAAUAUAGGAAAAGAAAAAAAAAAAGGUACGUAAAUAAUGAUUCAUUUCAAACGUAUUGCACACAAAAGUUGACGAAAAAUUUUACUUUAAUGUUUAACAACAAACAGUUGAUAAAGAUAGCUGUAUUUUAAAAAAAUUAGUUAAAUACAACUGUACUGCCUUCCCGGAUGUUUGAUUCUAUUUUGUUUUAAUUAUUUGACUUUUUAUUACAACAAGAGAGAGCCUGCAUACCACUUGUGGUACUCUUCGCAAAUGUAGUACUCGUACCACACUUUGAGGAUCACUGCACUACACUAAUUGACGAGUGUAAUUCGGCAGCUUGAUAAAAAAGUGCUGCCAUCGCCAGUGAAAAUACAGUCAGUGCGUUUACUGUCUGCAUGGGCUCUUUUCUUCACACUCUAGGCUCGUAGUACUCAAGUAAAAAGUACUGUUACUUUCGAAUAAUAUGGCUUAAGUAAAAGUAAAAAGUAGUCUUCUGAAUAAUUACUGCAGUAAGCAUAACUACGCAUCCAUCUAUCCAUUUUCUGAGCCGCUUCUCCCCACUAGGGUCGCGGGCGUGCUGGGGCCUAUCCCAGCUAUCAUUGGGCAGGAGGCAUGGUACACCCUGAACUGGUUGCCACCCAAUCGCAGGGCACAUAGAAACAAACAACCAUUUGCACUCACAUUCACACCUAUGGGCAAUUUAGAGUUGUCAAUUAACCUAGCAUGCAUGUUUUUGGGAUGUGGGAGGAAACCGGAGUGCCCGGAGAAAACCCGCGCAGGCACGGGGAGAACAUGCAAACUCCACACAGGCGGGGCCGGGGAUCGAACCCCGGUCCUCAGAACUGUGGGGCAGACGCUCUAAUCAGUCGUCCACCGUGCCGCUCAUCAAAAUUCGAAUUAUUAAAAAGUUGGCAACCGUGAUCUGUUGUAGGUGUGCCUGCAGGUAUAUAGAGGAGCUGGGACCAGCACCAAGUAUAUUCCUCCAAAACUUUGUAUUGAGCACAGACAGACGGUAAGUCCACGGCUUUCUUUUAUUGGAAACUUUAUAUGUUUUGUCUAUAGUACAAUAUGUAACUUUUUUUUCAUUUCUGAUCAUUUAAGUAAUGCGUCACCACAAGCACGGUGUGAGGAAUCCGUCAUCAUCAGUUCUUAUUCCUCAGCCUUCUCUUUGAAGACUGUAUCAAAUGUGUUUCAUUUUUUUCAGGUGGACACUGUGGUCAAGUAUGUGACUGACCUGGGCACUGUCACGUACAUGCUCACGGGCAUCAUUAUCUUCACGCAUGCUGCCACGGAGGGACAUGUAAGGUCUGUUGCAAACAGUGUCGCAGGCACAGGUUUGGACACAAGAACCGCAAGUGUCACAAGAAAGGGAAGAUACUGUCACGGGGUGAGAUUCAUAAGGACACACUUACUGUCACCCUCCUGUUAUGUUAAUUUAUCAGCAUCAGCAAUGACGUCCAUGGGUCAGAAAUGAGGGGAAAUCGCGAGGAACAUCAUUUAGAUGGCAUAAUUACACAGGAGAAAGGAGACACUGAAAAAGACACAAAAAAACAGGAAUUGUUGUUGAAAAGUUGUUUACCUUUACGGUUUUACAAAAAUACUUGUUUAUUUUAGAGAGUAAAGUCAUGAUUUAUGAAAAAAAUAUUUCUUUUCAUGCCAAGUCAUAAUUUCUUUGUAGAUUAAAGUUGUAAUAUGACGAGAAUAAAGUAUAUAUAUAUAUAUAUAUAUAUAUAUAUAUAUGAGUGAGAAAAAGUCACAUUUCAAGAGAAAAUUUACAUUUAUGUCCUAGCUAUACUUUUUAGAUCAGUUGUAAUCUUCAUUUCAAGAAAAUUGUUGUAUGUUUUGGCAAAUAAAGGCCUAAUCUUGUGAGAAUUCUCUUAUAUAUUUUUGAGAAUGGUGGUAUGUUUUUGACAUUUAGUCGUCGUCGACUAAACGUAAAAAGAUAGAUUUUAGAGCUAAAUUGGAUAUUUUAGAGAAAAAAAGUUGUAUAUUUGAAGUUGUAAUAUUGAAAGAAUAAAGUGAAUAUUCUAGUGAAAAACAUUUGUUUUCAAAAUAAAAUGUUGUAUAUGUUCCAGCAUAAAGAAAAUUUGUACAAUUUAGAGAUAAAAUAAAUCUUACAUCUUUUGGAUUAAAAACUAUCCUACCCUGUAUAUUUGACCUCUCACAGAUCAUGGGUUCAAUGAGGACAAUUCACUUGUUUUUCAUAAUAUAUCAAAAUACUGUUUACAAUUGAAAAGUACCUUUUACAAAGUCUCAAUAGUCUUCUUCUCCUAUUGAACUUGUACAUUAUCACGUACGCUAAAUCGGUCAAUUUGACCGGCCACAUAACAGGAGGGUCCAAGUUUUACGACACGUUUGUACUCUUCUGAAUAAAAAUGUUGUUUUGGGAUUUCUUUCUGCCAAUCGAUAACAUGAUUCUCUCUGUUCUAUUCUGUACUGUUCCCGCCGCUGCACUGUCUGCAGUACGCCAGCAGCGAAUUGGAAGAGUCCUGCAAGCAUCCACUUUGCACAAUUCACACCUUCAAUGAUCAUCAAAUCUUUGGAUUUGAAAUAUUAAACAGGUUGUGCGAGUGUGCAUUUUUUGUGCUGAUGCAAUAAAAUAGAUUUUAAAAAUGAAA